AUGAGGUCACAGCGAGGCCGGGGAUCCGUGGCCAUGUCCUGCUCCCUCCUGCUCCUGCUGCUGCUGCUGCCCCCCUGGGGGGCGGGCGGCUGCCUGCACUGCGACCGGCCCUUCCUGCGGGGGCUGGGGGUUCUGCUGGGGGAGGCGGUGCCCUCUGAAGUGCCCAACCGGGACGCUCUAAUUCAGCGCCAGGUCGAGGCCUUUGAGCGCCUCUACAGCACCCAUCUGCCAGAGAAACACCACCGGGUGCUGGAUGUCCGCAGGAUGCUGGCUGUGAAAGCUGCUCUGAGCGGCUGGCUGAGGGCUCUCAAGGAGACGCCCUGGAAAGGAGUUCACCUGCUGCAGCUGACACUGGCCCAGCACCGCGACUCCCUGCGAACUCGCCUCCGAGAGGCCCUGGAGAGCUUCGCCGACUUGGCCUGCUCCGAGGACUGCACGGUUACGGAGGGGCCAGUUCUCGACUGCUGGACCUGCCUUCGCAUCAAUGCCCAGUGCUUCGACGGGGAGCUCUGCGGAGAGGAGGACCCACGGGACGCGGAGAGGAAGGAAAUCACCCUCUAUCUCUUCCUGGUCUGCCAGUCCGUGCUACUGGCCUCAGCCGCCCUGCUGUGAGUGCCCUGCCUGGACCUGGGGGGUGCAGGAUGGGGGGCUGCCCUGGGUACCCUACAUUCCCUGCCUCUGACGCCCACCACCCACAUUUCCCCCCUUCACAGCAACCCUGCCCCCAUGCACCCCAAAACCUGAGAUCACCCACUAAUUGAGGCAGAUUCUGGGGGCCUCUGCCCCUCCGGGCUGACCGCAGAUAUUGAAAGUGGGGUGACCCCACCAAGCACU